GGAGGGGGGAGGGGUAGGGGGUGAAGUGGAUUGUGUUAAUAAUAUUAAUAAAGGACACGAAAGUGACAAGGGUGUAACGACAGAUGAGCACGAGCGAUGGCGUGCCACUGUCGGGUCCCGAUAUUGGUAACGGGGCCCGUCCCACCAGUGACACUGGUUAUACCGAUGGUCAGCAGACAGGUGGACAGACACAGGAUGGCAUUGGUUCAUCGAAAGCUGCAACAGCAGCAGCAUCCACAGCAGCACCCAAGAGACCGCCCAGGAGGGGUGCUAAACCCACCCCUGAUCGGCCGGUACGGGCCCUUUUCUGUAUGGGCCUUAAAAAUCCACUUAGGAAAAUGUGCAUCGACGUCGUUGAGUGGAAACCUUUUGAGUGGCUCAUUCUCCUGACAAUUUUAGCCAAUUGCGUCGCCCUGGGAGUGUACACACCCUAUCCCUGUAGCGACUCUAAUCAAACAAAUAUGUAUUUGGAAAAAAUUGAAUACGUAUUCCUCGUCAUAUUCACCGUGGAAUGCGUGAUGAAAAUAAUAGCUUACGGUUUCGUAGCUCAUCAAGGAGCCUAUCUCCGAAAUGGUUGGAAUAUGUUGGAUUUUACAAUUGUUGUAAUAGGAAUGAUCAGUACAAUACUGACAAUACUUAUGAAAGAGGGCUUCGAUGUAAAAGCCCUGAGGGCAUUUCGUGUACUACGACCACUCCGGCUGGUUUCCGGUGUACCGAGUCUACAAGUAGUACUGAAUUCCAUCCUCAAGGCAAUGGUACCAUUGCUGCACAUUGCAUUACUAGUACUGUUUGUUAUCAUCAUUUACGCCAUUAUAGGAUUAGAAUUAUUCUCGGGAAAAAUGCACAAAACGUGUAGAAAUAAUAAAACUGGUGAAAUUAUGGAGGAGCCACAUCCCUGUGGUCCGAAUGGUUUCCAAUGCAACACACUAGGAAGUCAAUACGUCUGCAGUAGGCAGUACUGGGAGGGUCCGAACUUUGGAAUAACAAACUUCGAUAAUUUUGGACUGGCGAUGCUGACUGUCUUCCAGUGCAUAACACUAGAAGGAUGGACCGACGUUCUCUACGAUAUUGAAGACGCCAUGGGGAGCACCUGGCAGUGGAUAUACUUCGUGUCCAUGGUCAUUCUCGGUGCAUUUUUCGUGAUGAACCUGAUUCUCGGUGUGUUGUCCGGAGAGUUCUCCAAGGAGAGGGAUAAGGCGAAGAAAAGGGGGGAGUUUCAACAGUUGAGGGAGAAACAGCAGAUCGAUGAAGAUCUCCGAGGAUAUCUGGACUGGAUAACUCAGGCUGAGGACAUUGAAACCGAGCACGACGAGCCCAGGAUGCAGAGCAGAAAGUCAAAGCAGCAGAAUGAAAUGGAGAGCACAGACAGGCUCGAGGGGGAUGAUGAGGGUGCACGUCAGGAGUCGGUGUGGGUGAAAAAUCGUAAAACUUGGGCUGAUCUGAACAAACACAUGAGAAAGGGAUGCCGAAGGGCGGUUAAAUCACAAGUUUUUUACUGGCUGAUCAUCGUUCUAGUGUUUCUCAAUACAGCUGUACUUGCUACUGAGCAUUUUCGUCAGCCAGAUUGGCUCGAUUGGUUUCAAGAGUACACUAAUAUGUUUUUCGUUGCUCUGUUCACCAUGGAGAUGACAUUGAAAAUGUACAGUUUGGGAUUUCAAGGAUAUUUUCUAUCGUUAUUCAAUCGGUUUGAUUGCUUCGUUGUCAUCGGUUCAAUCAGUGAAAUGAUACUCACGAAUACUGAAGUCAUGCCACCACUUGGGGUAUCUGUACUUCGGUGUGUCAGGCUGCUCAGGGUCUUCAAGGUCACCAAGUACUGGAGAUCGCUGUCGAAUUUGGUGGCAUCGUUGCUUAACUCGAUACAAUCGAUUGCCUCGUUGCUGCUGCUUCUGUUUCUUUUCAUCGUCAUUUUUGCACUGUUGGGGAUGCAGGUCUUCGGGGGAAAAUUCAACUUCGACGAUCUUCAGGACAAACCACGAAGCAAUUUCGACAGCUUCUGGCAAAGUUUGUUGACAGUAUUUCAGAUACUGACGGGCGAGGACUGGAAUGCAGUUAUGUACGUGGGUAUUCGGGCCUAUGGAGGUGUUGCCAGUCAUGGAAUACUUGCUUGUGUUUACUUCAUCAUUCUUUUCAUCUGUGGAAACUACAUUCUGCUGAACGUCUUCUUGGCCAUUGCUGUUGACAAUCUAGCUGAUGCUGAUCAGCUGACAGCUGUCGAGAAAGAAGAAGAGAAUGACAAGUCCCACAGUGGUUCACCACCUCGCGAUGAAUUGAGUGGUGAAGAGUGUGUUCACGAUGACGAAGACGUUGGUGAUAUCACCAGUGGUGAGGAGGAUCCGGGAACUGAUGUUGAACAAUACGAGAACGAUGGAGAUGAUUACGAGGGACAAGACACUGAGGGCUCCAAAGAUGGACACGAGGAUGGUGGGCAUAAAGUCAGAAUUAAUGUUGAAUCUGAUGACGAUGGUUACGAACAUUUUGCACCAGAUGAAGGGGAAGACGAUUACGAUCACAUGGAGAUGGAUGAGAUUGAGGGGGGACCGGAAGUCGUAUCGGCGAGACCCAGAAGAAUGUCUGAGUACAAUAUGGCGACUGAGAAGCCACCGAUACCCGAGGGAUCGGCCUUCUUCUUGUUCUCCAAGACCAAUAGAUUUCGAGUUUUUUGUCAUUGGUGCUGUAAUCACAGUUACUUUGGCAACUUUAUUCUCGCCUGCAUUAUGAUUUCUUCGGCCAUGUUGGCUGCUGAGGAUCCUCUCAAUGCUGCAUCCGAACGGAAUAUUAUAUUGAAUUAUUUCGAUUAUUUCUUCACAACUGUGUUCACCAUCGAAAUUUGUUUAAAAAUGGUAUCAUACGGAUUUGUACUGCACGACGGUGCAUUCUGUCGUUCGGCCUUCAAUCUUCUGGAUCUCCUAGUUGUCUGCGUCUCGUUGAUAUCCAUAGCAUGGAGAUCCAGUGCAAUUUCCUUCGUUAAAAUUCUACGUGUGCUACGUGUGCUCAGACCACUGCGUGCCAUCAACCGAGCUAAGGGCCUUAAGCACGUAGUCCAAUGCGUCAUCGUAGCAGUAAAGACUAUCGGAAACAUAGUCCUCGUCACCAGCCUCCUGCAGUUCGUCUUCGCCGUUAUCGGCGUCCAACUCUUCAAGGGAAAAUUCUUCUCGUGUAAUGACGAAUCUAAGAUUACGGAAGCUGACUGCCAUGGCACCUAUUUGGUUUACGAAGAGGGUAACAUCAACCGGCCAGUCACAAAAGAAAGAUUGUGGACGCGAAAUCGUUUUCAUUUUGAUGAUGUGGCAAAAGCCAUGUUGACAUUAUUUACAGUAUCAACAUUCGAGGGUUGGCCAUCGCUCCUAUACGUCUCAAUCGAUUCGAAUCGUGAAAACUACGGACCAAUCCAUAACUUUCGUCCAAUCGUCGCAGCCUACUACAUAAUAUACAUAAUUAUUAUAGCAUUUUUCAUGGUAAACAUAUUCGUCGGUUUCGUUAUUGUAACGUUUCAAAACGAGGGGGAACAGGAGUACAAAAAUUGUGGAUUGGAAAAAAACGAGCGUAACUGCAUUGAAUUUGCACUGAAAGCCAAACCUGUACGUCGAUAUAUACCAAAACAUCGAAUUCAGUACAAGGUCUGGUGGUUUGUCACCUCUCAACCAUUUGAGUACACAAUUUUUACUCUCAUCAUCAUCAACACCAUCACACUUGCUAUGAAGUUCUACAAUCAGCCGGAUCCAUAUACCCACGCCCUCGACGUACUCAAUAUGAUAUUUACAGCGGUAUUCGCACUUGAGUUUGUCUUCAAACUCGCUGCAUUUCGAUUUAAAAACUACUUCGGAGAUGCCUGGAACGUAUUCGACUUCAUCAUAGUACUCGGAAGUUUCAUCGAUAUCGUGUACUCCGAAGUAAAAGCACGACAGCAUGUGAAGGCGGGAGGUAGCCUCCCCACCACCGAUGAAAGUCCCGGUUCGAACAUCAUCUCCAUCAACUUCUUCCGGCUGUUUCGAGUCAUGAGACUCGUUAAACUCCUCAGUCGUGGCGAGGGCAUACGAACAUUACUCUGGACAUUCAUCAAGUCCUUUCAGGCACUGCCAUACGUCGCUUUACUCAUCGUCAUGUUGUUUUUUAUUUAUGCUGUAAUUGGAAUGCAAGUGUUUGGAAAAAUUGCACUAGAUAACGAAACAGCAAUCUACAGAAAUAACAAUUUUCAAACGUUCCCUCAGGCGGUUUUGAUAUUGUUUAGAUCAGCUACAGGUGAAUCAUGGCAGAAUAUCAUGUUGGACUGUUCGUAUCGUCCUGGUGAAGUGAAAUGCGACGUAAAAUCAGACGAUGCGAGCAAGGAAAGCUGUGGCAAUGACAUCGCAUUUCCCUAUUUCAUAUCAUUCUACGUUCUCUGUUCAUUUCUCAUCAUUAAUUUAUUCGUCGCCGUAAUCAUGGACAAUUUCGAUUACUUAACCCGCGAUUGGUCGAUCCUGGGACCACACCAUUUGGACGAAUUUAUUCGAUUGUGGUCUGAGUACGAUCCUGAUGCUAAAGGGAGGAUAAAACAUCUGGAUGUUGUGACUCUGCUUCGAAAAAUAUCACCACCCCUGGGCUUCGGUAAAUUGUGUCCACACAGGGUGGCUUGCAAGAGACUAGUGUCCAUGAACAUGCCCUUGAAUAGUGAUGGAACAGUUUUAUUUAACGCUACUCUGUUCGCGGUUGUGAGAACAUCAUUGGGAAUUAAGACAGAGGGAAAUAUUGAUGAUGCCAAUGCCCAACUCAGGGCGGUUAUAAAGAAAAUAUGGAAGAGGACCAGUCCAAAAUUACUGGAUCAGGUCGUACCACCACCUGGAGUGGACGAUGAAGUGACUGUCGGCAAGUUCUACGCGACUUUCUUGAUUCAGGAUUAUUUUCGAAGAUUCAAGAAGAGAAAGGAACAGGAGAUGAAGGAGGGGGAUAAGGAUUGUCAUAAUACUGUCACUCUUCAGGCUGGACUCAGGACUCUUCACGAGGCUGGACCAGAACUUAAACGAGCUAUCUCUGGAAAUCUUGAGGAACUGCUGGAUGACAAUCCUGAACCGAUGCACAGGCGAAAUCAUUCACUGUUCGGGAGUGUCUGGUCCAGUAUGCGAAGAGGUCACCACAGUUUCCGGGCAAAGUCGCUGAAAACUCCUGCCAAUCCAGCCCCAAAAAUUUCACCCUCAAACUCCAUAGACUUCCUCCCCUAUGCCUCCCUUCAUAGACACGGUGCAGUUGACAACCAAAUUACCGCGAGAUCACAUCAAGUUGUGCCAAAUGUAACAGGGGUGACUGGCAGCACUCCCGUCAAUCAGAUGGGCGUCGAGGAGAACAUUCCCAUGCGCCCAUUGGCGAUGUUCGCCAACACCAAUUCGGGAAUGCAACCAGCGAACUAUCAGAAUCCCUACAAAGUAUUGGAUCUCGAGGAUGGAAUUGAACAGCAGUUGACACCACCAACCCCACCACCAAGAAGGAAUCUACCCUCAACAGGUGCUGCUAUAACAUUUGCAACAGGCACCAGUGGUAAUGCUGAAUCGAGUAGUGCAACGACAAGUCGUACACCCUCACCAACUCUAAGUCCAUCACCAUCAUUUGCAUCAUCAUCGAACGAAGGGGCUCAUUAUUACGCAUAUGCAACCCGUGGAUGCUGUCCGGAUACCCCCGGCUGGAAGCAACAGCAUGCCCCUGCCGAUGGAAAUGAAGAUAAUCCUAAUGACAUUGAUAAGGGAAUAACAUCGAACGAGACUAAUACACGAGUUGUACAGCGUAAAAGGAGUAAGCAGGGCUCAUCAAAGAGAUCCUCAAAACGAUCAUCGAAUCGAUCAAAGGGCUCGUCAAAGCGCUCAAGCAAACACAGGGAGGGCUCCACUGACGGUAAAUAUUCAUCAGUGAGAUCACGAAAGUCUCACAAGAGUGAUGAUGAUGAUGAUACCAAAGCCAAAGAUUGUUCACAUCGAGAGAGAAGUAUUGCCAAUGGACUCAAAUUAGCCCAAACACAGGCCAUCGCUGUUGCUGGCUUCUUCGCUGAUGUUGAUGCACGUCAAUGGAGAGUUUGCGAAUCCUGUUUGUCACAUCGGGCCUCAUUUCACGGCAGAGUUUCGUGGGCCGGUGAGAGCAAUGGAGGCGUAGGCUCGGAGAGGUUGUCCCACAGCUUGCCCGGCAGUCCGUCUGAUAGGAAGCCCAAUUUCGAGGUCAUUGGAAGUGCAGAGAGUUUGGUGGGACGGGUACUAGCUGAACAAGGAUUAGGUAAAUACUGUGACCAAGAUUUUGUCCGUUACACAUCUCGAGAGAUGCAGGAGGCCCUUGACAUGACCCGCGAAGAGAUGGACCGUGCGGCCCAUCAGUUACUGUUACGUGAGCGUCGGGGCCAGCCAUUGACCUUUCAACUACAACAGAGUAUGGAUCAGCAUUGGAAUCCGAGACCUCAGGGCCCAAGGGAAGUAGCUUACGAGCAACUGCGGGAACAAAUGCCCUCAUUAGAGCAGCCACAAUUAUCCCUCCAGCCUCAGCCACAGCAGCAACAACAACAGCAGAUGUAUCGUGAGCAGCCGCCUUCUUAGCGGCUAAGAAUUCACCAGGUAAUGCUUGAACCACUCAUUAGCAACGAAUUCAUAUUACUCAUCGGUUUUAUUUCGAAAUGCGUAUUUUAAAGUUCGUCAGCGAUUGGGAAUUAAAAAUUGAAAUAUGAGGGAUAAGACAAUUCGGUUUCUCAUUCACAUUAAAUUUUUUUUCGAAUUAAUUUCGAAUUAACAAUUGGUUACUGAUUAUAAAUUUCGAAUGGGAAUUGGGUAAUCAAAGCGUAAUACGUCUUUUGAACUACAAGAUGUCAAAUUUUUUUGUUUAGAUUUUUGAAAAUUGGGUCGAUUUGUUUUUCAAUUAAAAAGAAAAUUAUCGAUUAUUAUUUUGAGGGUUUCGUUAUUUUGUUGAAAGUUAAUUUUUUAAAAACUUUUCUUUACUUUUUUUCAAUUUCAAAAGACAAAAAAUGAAAGAUAAUCCACUUUGUCAUCAAAAAUUCCCGAAGAAAAGAAAUUUUUCGUUUCAUUACUUAAUGUGACUUGAUUGGAAAAGCCCAUUAAUUGCGAAAAUAAUAUUGAUGCAAUUGUUAUGGAAUUUCCAUCGCAAAGUCCUCACAUUUCAAUUUUUCUAUUUUUUAUGCUCGUGAAUUCUUGCAAAACAUCUCCGAUUCUUUCACUUCCACAUCAGAUGAAGUAUUUCCAGAGAAUCAUUAGUAAUUCGCAUUAUUCUCUAGUUAGACCCAAAGUUGCAUUCUAAAAUUAUUUAUCCACUGAAUGUGAAAGAAGUGCUGGUGAUGUGUAAUAAAAGGCAAACAAAAAAAAUCGGAAUGAAAAAUAAACCAUAAAAAAAAUUUGAAAUUAUUAAAUCAGCUAUUUCCAAAGAAUCAUUGAAUCUCUCUAUCGUCACUUUCACCUAUAACUGUGAAUUUUAAUAAAGAACUAAUCUUAUUGUUGAGAAGUACCGUGACUAUCCAUUUGUCUGGACAAAUAACUAACUGUCAUUAAAUUUUAAAAAGAUAGUUUACAUCGAGGUAAAUGACGAUACUCAAGGAAUGAAUGAAAAGUUAUGAAGUUAUAUUGUUAUACAGUCCUGUUUCACAAGUUGUAAUCGUCGUCAUCAUUUCUAGUAUUCAGAAGGGGGGGUAAUUAUAAUCAUCGAUAACAUGGAGUGUGCGAGUGAAUGAGCAUGUCCGUACGAAAUAAUUCUAUCGGAAAAUUGGGGGAAUUCUAUCGAGAAAUCAUUUGGAUUUUUAUCGAACAUUAUUCUUCGAUUUUUUUCAAAAAAUCCGAAAAAAAACUAAUAUUGUUUUUUAGUAAUUAAAUAUCAGAUUACACCGGUCCCUGGGUCCCAUCCUCGGAUAAUAAAACCGCAGAUUACACCAUUUUCCAAUAUUAUCGGGAAAAAAACAGAAAGAUCAAUAAAAAUGCAAUUGAACGUUUAAAUUAAUUCGCUAGAUUUUCCAAUGAAAUUAUUUCGUACGUGAAAUACCAGAGGAAUAUAUAAAUUCAUAAAUACAAUAUAUAAAACUAUAUAUACAUAACAAGUGCCUAAGUAUUUAAUAAUAAUUAAUUUCGGACCAGAGAAUACCUUUUAUCAACUUAGAGACAAACAAAAAUAUGUUAAUCAUUGAGUUUUGAAUAAUACGUUGUUCUUUCGAUUGUAUACGCAUCUGCAUUCGACUGGUAAAUGAAAUAAAAUCAGCUCUCAUGGUGUUAAAUGCGUUACUCAUUAAAUUUGGGAGUUAGUGAUUGUGAAAAACUAUGAAAAUUAGGUAAUUAAAACAAAAUAAUGAAGGGGGGAGGAUAGAAGAAAUAUGAAUCACGAAUGAACUAUUAUACAAUAAGUAAAUAACAAUUUUAUCGUGUAAAACUCGCUUUUCGACGUUGUCCUUAUUGUAUUUACCAACUGUCUUUGUCUAAAUAUCUUUUUUGUACUUAAAAGAAAUUGUAAAUGAGGGAUUUACUGAUGUUAAAACAUGAUAUUGAGGGAUUAAUGAUUCAGUAGUGAAGUGGGUAAGGGGAUUGCGUCCCAAUGAAGAUCAAUCAGUCAAAAAAAAAUAGUAGAAACCAAUCAAAAAUAAUUCAGAGUAAUUUCAUUUCAAUUUUCUCUGUGAAAAUUCCUUUAACUUUCCCUUUCUUCCCGAAAAUCAUUUUACACAACUGAGUCACUUGAUUUUUCUCCUCAAUAUUUCCAUUCACGUUAUCAGAAACACCCACUCCACUACUGAAUUGAUAUCGUUAAUUUUUUUUGUAGAUCCCACGCCGUUUAUAGAAUUUUACUGUGAUUAAAAAUAAUAAAAAUAACAAGAUAAAAAAACUACAGGGGCUACGGAGUUUACAAUUAAAAAAGAAGAAUUUACUCUCGUAUUUUUAUCGAACUGACAAUUGUUACGUCUAUUGGAUUUUAGUUCGCCCCCCUAUUGAAUAUACUCAUUGUUUAGUAUCAAAAAAUCAAUUGCGACCAAAUACUUUGCACAAAAAUAUAAAUAUUGAGUGAAGUGUUUUUUAUUAUGCAACCAAUAUGUCAUUUACUGAGUGCCUGAUUUUAUAAGUGGCUUUGCCAUCGUAAGUCGAGCUAAGCACUAUUCAUUCGAAAAUUAAACUCUUGGUUCAGCUUUGUGUUGGAGUAUAUCAGUAAAUAAAUUAUAUAAAUACAAAUCCAUCGAAAAAAAAAAACAUUGGAGAAUUAGAUUGAGGCACGUUGUAGGAGAAGUUUAGAAGAAUAAAUAUGAAAGCGUAUUAGGAAAAUGUGGAGUUGAUGAAGAAUGAUGACAUUACAACGGACUUUAUUUGAACAUAUUUUUCCGAGUGCCGUUAAUGUGAAAAUAAAUUUAUUUGUUGAAUAUUAUUGUGUGUAAAUAUAUACACUUGUAUUACGAGUUAUUCACAGAGAAAGAGAGAGAGAGCGAGAGAGAACGAUAAUCCUUGAAAAUUAAUAAAAUUGAUACGUGAAAAUUAAGGAGAUAUUGAUGAUUCGAAUUGAUAACAAUGUAGAUAGGAAAUUUGCACGAUUCUGUUGGUGAAGUAAUUUUAAAAAAUACAAAAAAAUUCUAAACACUGUUUCAUCCUCAUUAAAUCGUGUAUUGGACUUUGUUUAAUUUUAAUGAUAUAUUGUAAUCGUUUAUAAUUGAUUUAUAUAAACAGAAGGUCCGGGUGGGACUUCUAUGUAUGGAGAACAAAAGAAAUUGUAAAUAAAUUAUGAAAAUUGA